CCCUCUCACGUGGGGGACACGGGCGAGGGGGGGGGGGAGUCACCGAACCUCCACACUGCUCCACGUUUGGCUUACUUCACCCUCCCUUACCGGAAGCUGUGCGUCCUCACUGCGCGCCUCUUGACGCUGACCAGCGAAGGGAGAGAAAAAAAACGAAGCAGAAGAGCGAAACAUGGCGACUUCGAACAAUCCGCGGAAAUUCAGCGAGAAAAUCGCUCUGCACAACCAGAAGCAGGCGGAGGAGACGGCGGCGUUUGAGGAAGUGAUGAAGGACCUCAGCAUCACUCGGGCAGCGAGGCUACAGUUUCAGAAAACUCAGUACUUGCAGCUGGGACCGAACCGCGGGCAGUACUAUGGAGGAUCUUUGCCCAAUGUCAAUCAGAUUGCAAACAGCGCUAUGGAUAUGUCUUUCCAGAAUUCAGGGCUGGACACGAACCGAUCGACGCGGCACCACGGACUGGUGGACAGAGUCUACCGAGACCGGAGUCGCAUCGCAUCAACCCACCAAAAACCCCUGUCGAUCGACAAACACGGACGCCAGAUUGACAGCUGUCCAUAUGGUUCAGUAUAUCUGUCCCCACCACCUGAUACCAGCUGGAGAAGGACAAACUCUGACUCAGCACUGCACCAGAGCACACUAGCUCCUUCCCAGCAGGCCUCGUUCACUGGAGGAUCACAGGAGCUCCAGCCAAAAAGAGUUCUCCUGCUCACCGUACCGGGAGCUGAAGCAACCAAACAAGAAACUGAUGAAAAUGGACAAAACCAGAACUGGGAGUGCUCAAAGAACAAUUCAAGGUCUGAGCCCUGUGAAGUUCCAGGGAUCAACAUAUUCCCGUCUCCUGACCAGCAGAUGACCACAUCACUAAAACCAGCAGCCCACAAUACUGGCGGUUCUCUCCCUGACCUGACCAACAUCCAGUUUCCUCCUCCUCUGCCGACCCCGCUGGACUCGGAUGAUGCAGCGUCCGCCUCGUUCAGCUCCUCCAGCGGAGCGCAGACGCUGGCUAACACGCAAGGAGGGAACACCUCUGAGCCCACAGUAACCAUGGAAAUGCAGACUGGGCAGGACGACAUGGUUCCUCUCAUCCUGAAUGCAGGAGACUCCCACCAGCAUCAGAACCUGCAGCUCUCCCCAACAUCUCCGCCUCUCACUCUCUCUCAGGCGGCCAUUAACGCCAUGAACCUUGAGCAGCAGCUGGCCCAGUACGCCUUUUUCAGCCAGCAGCCGUCGUCCCAAACACACCAGAGCCAGCAAAUAGGUCUGGUCCAGCUGCACUCCUCUGGAAACUCCUGCUCCACGUCAGACAACCAGUCAUCCUCGCAGGCCGACAUGACCAUGGACAUGAACACGGCCUCGUCCCUCCAACAGUACCGCAGUAGGGUCGGAUCCUCCGCCAAUCAGUCUCCAACCUCCCCCGUCUCCAACCAAGGCUUCUCACCUGGAGGUUCGCCUCAACAUAACUCCAUACUGGGCAGCGUGUUUGCAGACUUCUACGACCAGCAGCUCCCGUCCAUUCAGGCCAGUGCUCUCUCUCAGCAGUUGGAGCAGUUCAACAUGAUUGAAACCCCCAUCAGCUCUGACAGCCUGUAUAACCAGACCUCCACCCUGAACUACUCCCAGGCGCUUAUGAUGGGUUUGACUGGCGGCCACUGCAGUCUGCAGGACCAGCAGCUGGGCUACAGUAGCCAUGGAAACAUCCCCAACAUCAUUCUCACAGUGAGCGGGGAGUCCCCCCCCAGCCUGCCCAAGGACCUCACUGGCUCGUUGUCCACGGAUAUCAGCUUCGAUGUGGACUCCCAGUUCCCAUUGGAUGAUCUUAAAAUAGACCCGCUGACGCUUGACGGCCUUCACAUGCUAAACGAUCCGGACAUGAUCCUUGCUGACCCCGCCACAGAGGAUGCGUUUCGCCUGGACCGGCUCUAACCGCCGCACCACCUCAUGCCCAGGUGUGUCGAUGCUGCUGCCCUGAGAGAGGGGGGGGGGGCAUACCUGAGAGAAUAAGGAUCCACGAGGAGCAGCUCUCUGGAGGGUGCUGGUCAACACCUCGUCUGGGCAGAGCUCGGAUUUCACGGCAACCAACUCAAUGCAACCCUGCAGGAGAGCAUUUGAACGCGUUCAAUUGUAAUUGAAAGACUGGAAACUUUGACAACUGGGAAGAGUUUACGGCUGAUGACAAGUUACGGUAUGAAUGACCUUCACGGUUGUGUCGCAACAAAUUACACUUUGAAUUUUGAUUAAUUUUCCGAUAUCCUCCUUCGAUGACUGACUAAACCACGUCAGCAGAGUGAACCCUUAACAAUCUCCAGUAUCAUAUACCUGUAAACACAGAGAUUGAUGACUCGGAGGAAACACAAGCUUAACCUCCCUUUGUGCCCAGCUAGAUUGCUCUCAGCAGUGCAUUCAGUUUGGAUAUCACUUUAGUGCAAAUCCCUGUGUAGUUUGUCAUAGAGGCCAAUCUCAGGCCUAGUUUGAUUUUUCCCAAAGUUUUUAGUGGCGAUGAGUCACUAUUUUGCUUGUUUUUAGGAGAUGCUGAUUUGACCUAAUUUUAGUUUUAACAUAGUAAAUAGCAGCCAUGACUUAUGCAUGAAAUCACAAAUCACUGUGCAUACUUGUUUUGCCUUAAUAGCUUGACAUUUUGGUUUUCUUGCAAAGAUGACUAUUAUGUAAAUGGGAAAAAUUCAACUGUCAAGUCAUUGUUGCUGUUUUAUAAGUGGUUCGGCUCGCAUAUUUCAUAGUUGCAUUGUAUUUUUGAGGUGCGCUGAUCUUUAUCCAUUACUUCAUCCAUUGUCAAUACCAUAUCAUUUUUCACGCAUCAGUCAAAUCUAAAAGGAUGAAUUGGUACAUUUUAGGGAUUAGAUGUUUACAUUCUUGUUUCGUUUGAUAUUUUACAUGUACAGAAUGUGAUUAGAUUUUGCGUAAUGGUAUCUAUGCAAAACUACAGCGAUUGGUUUAGGACUGUAAAAUGAAAAAGAUAAAAAUUAACCAUUUCAAAAAGAAGCCAAUGGGAGAGGUCCCUAUAUAGAAUGCACAGCAAAGGUUAUAUUUCUUUUGAUAUUUUUGAAACUCUUUUCCUCUCAGACUGGUACGGUGUAGAGAAAAAGGCUCGGUGUGUGUGUCAUAGAGUAGAAGCUCUCCUGGUUUACUCCCAAAGAUGUGACCUCAGUGUAGUUGAUAUAUAUAUAUUUUUCCAGACAAUUGAACUAUCUCUAUACUAGAGCAGCAUUGUUGAUGCAAUGAGAAUGUAUUUAGGUCGCAUCUCUACAGCUGUGUUGUUGCCAUCUUGUCAUCCUCAUUGCCUCGUAUAUCUAGCCUUCAUGUACGGUAGGACCAAAUAUAUUUCACCUGUUAUUUUCUUCUCCCUGCAAAGGAGAUGUGACAUAAUGUUUGAUAUUUUACUUUUUAUUUAUUUUCAAAGCACUAAAGUGAUAAUGAACCGUUUCGUCGUCUUGCUCGUGUUGUCCGUGCCCUUUAUCGAUGCCCUCCAUGUCUCUCCGACUGUUGGUUCUGCAUUUAUUUGGUUUAAGCAUUUGCUCUUUAAAAAGUCCACUGUGUUUGGGAGUGGAUCAUAACUGUCUCAUCCCUCAUAUUGCACUUAAUAUAUUUAUUUAAAACACUGAUUUACGAGAGUAUACGUACCAAACCCCCCUGUGACUGUUAUGUGCACUGGACCUGUUUGCCCUGUCUUUGAUUAAACUUGCCUUCUUGUAAAAAAGAAAAAAGAAAAAAAGAAAUAUAUUUAAAAAAGCUCAAUUAACUUAUAGUUAUUUUUGAAAAUAUACAGAUUUGAAAAAGAGUUUCUACCUAAUCAGUCCGUAUUUUGUUAGUAGUCCACGGUUACAGUUUUUCUGGAUUUUGGGAAACAUUUGUAUUUUGGAACGGUGGUUAUCAAAGGAGUGUCAAUCACGUCGCUGCUGCUCUUUCUGCUACUGACAGCAGGUUGGAGGAAAUAGAUAUAGAAAAACGUGUGUAAUUAAUGCAUUAUUUGCAGAUGAAAAGUGUAUUAAUAAAAAAAUGCAAGGACAGUCAAGUGGGAUUCUCACAUGAGUACAUUUGAAACGUGCGUGUUAUCACAAUAUCGUGCAAAUAUAGUUAUUUCUAAAAUUCAUGAAUAUUUUACACUAAAAAAGGGAAUUCUGUAACUGGAACAUUGUCUUUGUUGAUGUGUGCCAAGGUCCUCUAGUGCCAGCGUAUCCCACCAUUAUUCUCACAUAAUGUAACUUUAAAAAUGUCAGUCAGCAAAAAUGUUAAAACUAAAUUGUUGAGCUUAAAGAUUUUCCCUAUUUUUUUUAAAAUAAAUCACAUUUCUUAAUUUUGUAUCUUUUCUUUUCUUCAUAAUUUUGUGACGGCAUGGACAUCUACACGUUUCUCCCUCUACGGCUUGGGUUUUAUUUUCUUUCAAGGGUGGAGUGGACUUUGUCAGCGUUUUGAGUUUCUUGUUCGGUAAUGUCCUUUGUUCAGCGUCAUGUGUGGACUAAUGUAUCUGCUAAGUGAAGCCUAAAAGCAUCGGAAAAAUGGUUAUCAGCCUUUUAUGCACAUGUAGGAGCUUUUGAUUGGUUUUACACUGCAUAAUACUGUAUGUGCUUAUUUUCUGUGCAGCACCAACAGAGGUAAAUUAUGUCAUGGUAAAUCUAGACUAGCUUUGUAUAUUGCUGUAUGGUAGGAAUAAUGUUAUUCGUGCUUUAUGUGAUAUGAUGUCAAAGUGAGAAAAUGCACUGAGAAAUACUGCGCUGUAACAUGUCAUGUGGCUCGAUAUUUUCUGCUGGACCUCAGACUUUAAAGAGAGCCUGAAAUCUUUGUAGGUCCGUUUUCUGUUUUGAUCUUUUUUUGUGCUCAUGUAGAUAGCUCUGAUGUGUCGCCUGUUACUGCCACCUCUUUAUGCAUCAAUGAUAAGGCAUUCAUUGCUAUUAUACCAGUGUUUACAGAGACAAGAGUUUACGACAGAGCAAUGUUUGUUUACGCUCCAUAAAAUGUUUUUGUUGUGAUUGUGGAAUUGGAACAACUUGCAGUGUAGAAUAGCAAACUUACUUUGCUAUUUAGAUUCACCAGUGAAUCAGUAAUGUAAUUCCAAUACUAUGCCCUAAAUAAUAUAUUUCAUUACGUUAAUUCGUUAUAUUUUCUUUGGUCUUUGUUCACAAGCAUUUCAGGCCCUGAAAAAAACUUUUAUUUCGAUUACAGACUUUUAUGUCUUAGAAAAUACACUUACUAUCUACUUUUCUAUGAGCAGCCACAUGCCAUUAGAAGUUAACACGUUUUUUAACAGAACUAUUGACGGUAAUAUUUAGAUUUUAUUAAAUUUAGUUUUAUAGUAAGUCUAUCAUUCACACUGUAUAGUCUUUUAGUAUUAAUUAACAGUUGAAUCAGAAAGCCAAAGUACAAAACAGCCAUAAAUAAGAGAAUAUUUAAGCAUUUUAUUCCUCCAACUGUUGAAGAAACCUUUCCCAUGUUUUUCAAAAUAUUGUACUGGGGUACGAGUUCUUUCAUAUAUCAACUAUGAACGUAUGAAUACAUUGAUUACAUUGAA